UUGCAACACUUGCUAUAGUACUGUUGAUCAUGCCAUCCGAUGCACAACUAUCUUCGACGUUCUACGACGAUACAUGCCCCUAUGCACUGAGUACAAUCGGUGCCUCCAUCAUGGGUGCCGUGCUCAUCGACCCCAGGAUGGCCGCCUCCCUUAUCCGCCUCCACUUCCACGAUUGUUUCGUUCAGGGGUGUGAUGCAUCAAUCCUAUUGGAAGAUGAGAGCGGAGAAAGAACUGCAGAGCAGAAUGCCAACUCUGUUAGAGGAUUCGCGGUGGUGGAAGCCGCGAAGCAGGCAGUGGAGGCGAUAUGCCCCGGUGUGGUGUCGUGCGCGGACGUGCUGGCUGUGGCGGCGCGCGAUGCAACGGUGGCAGCUGGAGGACCGACGUGGACUGUGAAGCUAGGGAGGAGGGAUUCCCCCGCCGCCGCCACCAGAGAGCUUGCUGAAAAUGACCUUCCUAGGGACAGCGAUCCUCUCCCAACCCUCAUUUCCAAAUUUGCGAAAAAAAACUUAAACGAAAGGGAAAUGGUUGCUUUGUCAGGCGCUCGCACGAUUGGGCAAGCGCGAUGCGUGAUGUUCCGGGACCGGAUCUACAACAGCCAGAACAUCGACCCGAACUUUGCGACGAUGCGGCGGAGCAACUGCCCCCAAACCGGUGGCGACGACAAUCUGGCGCCGUUGGAUGAGGUGACACCGACCGUCUUCGACAACAAUUACUUUAGGAAUCUGCAGAAUGGGAGAGGUCUGCUGGAAUCGGAUAGUGUUCUACUCAGCGAAGGAUCGACCGACAGGAUUACGGUGGAAUACCUCAACCAUCCUGACACAUUCAAUUCGGAUUUCGCCUCCGCUAUGAUCGAAAAAAAUGGGAGAUAUCGGACCUUUAACUGGUGGAGUUGGGUUAGUUAGAACGACGUGUGCUUCCAAUAAUUGACACAUUUCAAAAUUCAAUGCUUCUUCCAAUAAUUGAAAAAGGGAUUACAAAAUA